GCACGAGCUGCGAGGGUAGGGGGGGUUUGGGCAGUGCACACGGUCGGGUCCCAAUUCGGGCGUUGUCGAGAGUCUACUCUGGGAGUCGUACGAGGUAGUCCUCAGACAGUUUAUCAAGUUCAUCGAAAUCCAGGAAAUUCUGACAGUAAUACUUACCAGAGUAUUCAACAGAUGAGAAAUGCAAUGGAAAAAGAGAUAAAAAGUGAGACAACAAGAGGAAAUGGUAGAGAGUUAGCAUUCACCCUCAUGCCGUUGUAUGCUCUUGGAGUGGGAAUGUUUGCAGCAUACAAACUUCUUAAGAUGAAAUCACAUGAAGAAAGUCAUUCCAAAAAGGAAAAAAGUACAGAAGACAAGGCAAAGGAAACGGAGCAUCAGCUUUUAGAACUGGAACGGCAUCUAGCACAGACAGAGAAAAUGUUAAAUUCUUUAUUGACUCAGUUGGAUCCACUUUCAAACUGUGUUAAUGCUUUAGCUUGUGAGCAGAAAGAUGAAAUAAUGACACAGCUCCAAUCAAUUAGACGACUGAUGAAAGAAAGUGGAUUGGAUAAAUCAGAAAACAAGAUGAAAGAUCUUGGCCACAUCUGUAAUGAGAAACUUGAAGAUCUCAUUCAGUCAUUUGCUGAACAUUCUCAAGAGAAAGAAAUGGACAACGGAGAAGAUGAUUGUUAUGAAGAUUUGCUUGAAGAUUAUAGUAAUGAUUACAAAAUAGAAGAGCAUGAAUUACACGAUGAAUGUGAAAUACAUCAGCUGGAGCCAGAUGUCCUAGAAGACCAAGAAAUGAUAAACAAAGAUGCCACUGAAUCAGAAGUGAUGGGACCGAGGAGACGCAAUAGAUAUGAAUGGAAUCUGCAUAUGUAAAACUUUAAAAGCUUUUGCAUUUUUUUUAUAACGUUGUAUGCACUUUGAACUGUUUUAAAUCAACUUAACAUGCACUGCUAUAUGCUUUAAAAAGAGCAGUGAAAUACUGCCUGUGCUCAUAUCUACAACAAUUCUGUAACUGACUUCAGUGGCAGCAGAAUUUUACUCAGGAUGUUUACAUACUUUAUUUAUUUUUCCCUAUCAGAAUAUUUCUGUAAUCUGUAUAUAAUGCACUGUAAUUACAUCUGAUGCUUCACUGAAAUAUUAGAAUGUCUUCUAAUUGAGACUGUAAAGUAGAGAUGUUUCAUAAAUGUUUUAUAACUAGUAAGCAUGAUGCCACUUGAACUGUGACUUUCUUGAGUUCAUUAAAGAGCAUGCACUGGUGAAUUUA